GUAAGUUCGCUCCACUCUAGUGGGAACCAACCCUAAAUUUCCCAUAGUCCCCAGAGUUGUGGAGAGGCCCCAGGUGAUUAAUAUUACGGGUGGAGUCCUCAGGAGAGGAUGGACAACCUAUAAGUUGAGGGUGUCUACCACUUCCGCACUGAUGUAGUUCUUCCUCUGAUCACUAUGGGGCAGGGUGGACCUGGGGUGGUUUGUCUCGGACUCUUAGUUUUAGGUUUAGGCCAGGACUUUGCCGCCUCUAAGAGCCUGACCAGAGUUAAACACCAAGUAGAUUUACUACGUGUGCAAAACGAGGAGAUUGGGUGGAGUAGUAGCUCCAGGAGGUAUCCGGAUGGGGCAUAUCUCCCUGCUGGUGAGGUGGACCCUGGUUCACGAGCUCUGGGCUAUAACCAUUUAUACGGUAGGGGGCUAGUUGGGUAUUACUCGCGUGGGCUGCAAACCAGCCAGCUGAAGCCCCCCAUCAGUGUACAAUGUCAGGAGGGCAGGAUGCUGGUGACUGUGACCACAGAUCUCUAUGGGGAUGGGAGGUUGGUGAAGGCCUCCGAUCUCACCCUGGGGUCCCAAUCCUGCAGCGCUGGUCCUCAGAGUACAGACACCAUGGUGGUCUUCGACAUUGGGUUGCAAGAGUGCGGGAACAGUCUACAGAUGACCCCCGACUGGCUCAUAUACAGAAUCAACCUGACUGUGAACCCAAUAUCUGGUAACGAAAAUGUCGCCCGCGUUGGCCAAGCUGUGAUCCCCAUCCAGUGCGCUUACCCCCGAUAUCGUAAUGUGAGCAGUAAUGCCGUCAAGCCAACCUGGGUCCCUUUUGCCAGCACUGUGUCCUCGGAGGAGCGGUUGGUCUUCUCCUUACGCCUGAUGACGGAGGACUGGAGCGCCCCCAGGUCAUCCCUGGCCUUCACCCUUCAAGACGUCUUCUACAUUGAGGCUUCCUUGGAGGUCCAGAACCACAUCCCUAUGACUCUCUUCAUUGACAGCUGUGUGGCCACCACCUCUCCUGAUCCAAGCUCCAGCCCUAGUUAUGAGAUUAUUGCUUAUCAUGGGUGCCUGACGGAUGGAAGCCAUGAAGACUCUUCCUCUGCUUUCCGAUCUCCGAGACCCCAACAAGACAAGCUGCAGUUCACAGUGGAUGCUUUUCAGUUUGUUGACUCAAAGACCUCGACUAUCUACAUCACCUGUUCCCUGAGGGCGGCUGUUGACACCCAGAAACCAGAUCCCAUGAACAAGGCCUGCUCCUACAACAAAGCCUCUGACAAGUGA